CUUGUCAGUCCACCACCACCUCCACCACCCCCCCUCUCUGCCGCUCCCUUCCCUACCAUCUUGUCACAGCUCUAGUCCCGCCUUUCACCGCCCCUGUGAGAGGGACUGCGUGUUUAAUGUUCCCUCUGCUCGUCUUCGAAACCCGGGGACCCAUUUUACUUUAAGUCCUCUCCAAUAUUUUUUUUUUAUUUUGGGGUGUUUUAUCUCUCUCCCCCCCGAUACUUUAAAAAAUAAUCCGUCCAAGAAAAAUUAGGGACUACCGCAGUUUCGUCCUUCUACCUCCUCCUCCUCCUCUCCUGAGCAACAUUCAAGUCACAAGCCAUGUUACUACCCUCGUCACUACUACUCCUCCUUGGCCUCCUCACCUGGAGUCCCAGUGUGUCAUGGGCCGCCAAAGUCAUCGUGGUCCCACCCAUCAUGUUUGAAUCACACCUCUACAUCUUCAAGACGCUGGCCACGGCUCUGCACCAAGAGGGCCACGAGACCCAUUUUUUAAUUUCAAAGGGUCGUGAGGUACCCCCCUCCCCUCACUACCACUUACAGCACUACCCAGGGAUCUUUAACAGCAGCACGGCUGACAAUUUCCUCCAGUCCAAAGUCAGCAACAUCUUCUCAGGCCGCCUCACAUUUCUGGAACUGUUUGACAUUCUUGACCACUACUCUCAGAACUGUGACGCUGUCGUUGGCAAUGUCGAGGUAAUGACCCGCCUCAAGGAGGCCAAAUUUGACCUGCUGCUAGUGGACCCUAAUGAGAUGUGCGGCUUUGUGAUCGCUCACAUCCUGGGUGUGAAAUAUGCCGUGUUCAGCACCGGCCUGUGGUACCCUGCGGAGGCGGGUGCCCCAGCUCCUCUUUCAUACGUUCCCGAAUUCAACUCGUUGCUGACAGACCGCAUGUCUCUGCUCCAGAGGAUCACCAACACAGCGGUUUACCUGGUGCAGCGCUUUGGAGUCCAUUAUAUUGCAUUACCCAAGUAUGACAGGAUUAUGAAGAAACAUGGAGUGAAGCCUCAGGUGGCCAUGGCUGACUUGGUGCAGGGCAGCCGUCUGUGGAUGCUAUGCACUGACAUGGCUUUGGAGUUCCCCAGACCCACCCUGCCACAUGUGGUGUACAUAGGAGGCAUCCUCACCAAACCCCCCAACCCACUCCCACAGGAUUUUGAGGCAUGGGUGAAUGACACAGCGGAGCAUGGCUUUGUGGUGGUGUCGUUUGGAGCUGGGGUCAAGUACCUUUCCCAGGACAUUGCUCACAAACUGGCAGGAGCCCUCGCCAGGCUACCCCAGCGUGUCGUCUGGAGAUUCUCCGGAGUUCCACCCAGUAACCUCGGCAACAACACCAAGCUCGUUGAUUGGAUGCCUCAGAAUGAUUUAUUGGGCCAUGCCAACACGAGGGCCUUCCUGAGCCACGGUGGCCUAAACAGCAUCUACGAGGCCAUGUACCACGGGGUGCCGGUGGUCGGCGUGCCCCUCUUUGGAGAUCAUUAUGAUACCAUGACUCGUGUGGCAGCCAAAGGCAUGGGUAUCAUGCUGCACUGGAAGUACAUGAGCGAGGAAGACCUCUACACAGCCCUGACCAGCGUCAUCAAAGACAGCAGGUACCGCCAGCAGGCACGUCUUCUCUCCAACAUUCACAAAGACCAGCCAGGCCACCCUGUGAGCAGGGCCGUCUACUGGAUCAGCUACAUCCUCCGUCACCACGGUGCCAACCAUCUGCGCUCUGCCGUAUACGAGGUGUCUCCCUACCAGUACUUCCUGGUGGAUGUGAUUGUCACCGUAGGGGCUGCCUUGGCUCUGAGCAGCUUCAUCCUGCGGCGGUUGGUACGAAUGCUGAGGGGGAAGGUCGGGGACCAGAGCAGAGGAGGUGGCGUCACCAGGGAUGAUGGCAACAUGGCCAACGGACAUUGCCAUAGCGAGAGCGUGGCCAACGGGAAACACAAACGCAAUGGCUCCUUGAAAAACGAGAAGAAGAUGAAUUAAUGUUUUGAAUGGCCAAGAGGGACGAGGAAGAAGUUGCCCCAAGGACUCAGCUCUAGGAUUGGUUUAGUGGUUAUAUAAAGGCUUUGAGAGGAAGCUGUUCUUAGGUCUGCGUCGAGAGGCAACUGUUACUCAGAGCGAGCAAGAGGCUGUAGGAGGAGGAUACACAAUGCAUCGAGGGGGGGGGGACGGAGCAAAGCAUCGGGUGCUCAAAAAUCUAUGUGUGUGUGUGGGUGUAUGUGUGCACUGAGGCGAAUUUAACGAAAAACUCUUAAAGGUCCAGUGUGUAGAAUUUAGUGGCAUCUAGCGGUGAGGUUGCAGAUUGCAACCAACUGAAUCCCCCCUACCUCACCAUCCCAUUCCCAAGCGUGAAGGAGAACCUGGUGAAAAAUGCAAAAGGCCAUAUCUAGAGCUGCUAUUUGGUUUGUCCAAUCUGGGCUACUAUAGAGAAACAUGGCAGAGCGACAACAUGGAAGAGGACCAACUCUCUCUGUAGAUAUAAAAAGGU